GCGCGUCGUCCGCUGCCAUUAGGGUUUUGGCUGUGUAAACCUCUCGUCGUCUUUGUGUUAUUGGGUAGCCUCUCUCACUCCACAACCAUGGCAGAACAGACGGAGAAGGCUUUUUUGAAGCAGCCAAAGGUGUUCCUUAGCUCUAAGAAAUCUGGGAAAGGAAAGAGGCCUGGAAAGGGCGGGAAUCGCUUCUGGAAAAGCAUUGGGUUGAGCUUUAAGACACCCAGAGAGGCAAUUGAAGGAACAUAUAUUGAUAAGAAAUGCCCAUUUACUGGCACUGUAUCUAUCAGAGGCCGUAUCCUUGCUGGCACUUGCCAUAGUGCAAAAAUGAUGAGAACCAUUAUCGUUCGACGGAACUACCUCCACUAUAUCAAGAAAUACCAAAGAUAUGAAAAGAGGCACUCUAACAUCCCAGCUCAUAUAUCCCCUUGCUUCCGUGUGAAAGAAGGAGAUCAUGUUAUUAUUGGGCAAUGCAGGCCUUUGUCGAAGACAGUGAGGUUCAAUGUCUUAAAGGUCAUUCCAGCUGGGUCUUCUGGAGGUGGGAAGAAGGCUUUUGCAGGCUUGUGAGAGAUUUGCUUUUAAAAUGGCGAAACAGCAGUACCAGUUUGAGAUGUAUUCACUAUAUGAACUUUGGUUGAUUUCUUUCUUAUGAAAUUCUAGAUUUUGCUUUAGCUCUCUGUUGAUGGGAAACAUAAAGUUGUUGGCCGGAAAUCUCCAUUUUUACAAUUUUGAGAAUCUAUUUAUAUGUUACUUUGUCCAAAUUAUGUGUGGUGUUAAUCCUUUUGAGUAGGAAAUAUCAAUCUUAUGUUAA